GUCCUCCGGUAUCCCAGCAGGCAGUGCAGCCUAGAGACGCUGACAAAGAACCGGAGGAGCAGUCGCAGCUGCUUUCCGAGGAGCCAGUGUUGCCGAGGACCUCCGGACGGAUCCUGAUGGUUGCACCAGCUGCUCGGCUGUAAACAGGCUCACAUGAUCGGUUUCACGUGGAGCCGGCCGGUGUAGGGAUGGGGACUGGAAAGGCUGGGCCCGACCCAAUCAGCAUUUACAUUUAACUCCAAUUCCUGAAAACCUAAAACAAGAAACUACAAGAAAAGCUUGUCCAUCCCAAUAAACUCCUGACAUAAUGCCAGGCCUGUAAUAGGCUUUCAGCUGAAAGAAAAGGAUAAACAUUUGCAUACAUGACUAUAUAGUAUCCUAUUUGAUAGAAGUUGGAAAGGCGUUAAUAAGAUUCAGAGCUCAUACACCCCGAUAGCUGAUUGCCAAAAUGCUUUGGAAUUUUUAACUAACUUUAAGAAAAGUCUAAAAUAGAUUUAAGACUCUAAAACAGAAGCUGCAGCAAGGGGGAUUCAGUGCCAAUGCAUCAACAAAAAAGACAGCUAGAGCUAGUGGAAGGAAAUCUUCCUGUUUUUGUGUUUCCCACGGAGCUAAUAUUUUAUGCAGAUGACCAGUCAACACAUAAGCAAGUGUUGACUCUAUAUAAUCCCUAUGAGUUUGCCUUAAAGUUCAAAGUUUUGUGUACUACUCCAAAUAAGUAUGUUGUCGUUGAUGCUGCAGGUGCAGUAAAGCCUCAGUGUUGUGUGGAUAUUGUGAUUCGUCAUAGAGAUGUUCGAUCCUGUCACUAUGGUGUAAUAGACAAAUUUCGUCUCCAAGUUUCUGAGCAAAGCCAGAGGAAGGCUUUAGGAAGGAAAGAGGUUGUGGCUACUCUUCUCCCUUCUGCAAAAGAGCAACAAAAGGAAGAAGAGGAAAAAAGGAUAAAGGAACCAUUGGGUGAAAGUUUAUUUUUUGAGCAGUCAUUUCAACCAGAAAAUAGAACUGUCUCCUCAGGACCUAGUUUACUAACUGUCUUCCUGGGAGUGGUGUGCAUUGCAGCUCUAAUGCUUCCUACACUGGGGGAUGUGGAAUCGCUGGUGCCUCUUUACCUCCACUUAAGUGUGAAUCAAAAAUUAGUGGCUGCUUACAUCUUAGGUCUUAUCACAAUGGCUAUACUUAGAACAUGAGCAAGGAAUUCAGUUGACUUCUGAAGUAAAUUUAUCUUGAAAAUAUGAAUGUGGACUGCCUUUUAUCUCUUUCACUCCAUUAAUAUGGUACAAACUAUUGAAUGAUUUACAGUGAUUAUAAAUGUAUAAUAUAUAUUUUAAAUUACUCUAUAAUUUUAUGCAAACGACUCCAGGACAUUAUGUUACAGACAACAGGAUGCUUCUGAGUGACUAGGACAUUCUUUUAAGAAAUUCUUUUUAUAAGCCAGGGUAGCAAUACUUAUAUCAGACAAAAUGAAUUUCAAAACAAAGGCCAUAAAAAGAGUCAGAGAAAGACACUUCAUAAUACUGAAGGGUAGAAUCCAUCAAGAGUAUAUAACCAUUGUAAACAUAUAUGCACCCAACAUAGGGGCACCCAAACAUAUAAGGAACAUCUUGGUGGGCUUCAAGAAAGAUAUAGACAGCAACACACUCAUCAUAGGGGAUUUUAACACUCCACUGUGAACAAUGGACAGAUCUUCCAAACAAAAUAUCAACAAGGAUAUUGUGGCACUGAACGAUAAACUAGAUCAAAGGGACUUAACUGAUAUAUAUAAAGAAGCAAAGAAGCUUCUGUGCUUCUACCCCAAAGAAGCAAAAAGUGUAUUUUCAAAUACAUAUGGAAUAUUUUAAAAGAUAGACCACAUGAUAGGACACAAAACAACCUUCAACAAAUUCAAAAAAAAUUGAAAUCAUUUUAAGCAUUUUCUCAGAUGACAAUGGCUUGAAACUAGAAACCAACCUCAAGGAAAAAACUCAACCAAUCAAAUCCAUGCAGACUGAAUAGCAUGCUAUUAAACCACAAAUGGGUUAACAGUGAGAUCGAGGAAGAAUCAGAAAGUUUCUGGAAACAAAUGAAAGUGAACACACAACAGCCUAGAACCUAUGGAACACAGUGGAGGCAAUCCUGAGAGGGAAGUUUAUAGCAAUAGAGGCCUACCUAAAAAAAAAAAGGAAAAAUCUCAAGCGGCCUAACCCUACAUCUACAAGAACUAGAGGAACAAUAACAAACAAAGCCCAGAGUGAGCAGAAGGAAGGAAAUAACCAAGAUCAGAGCAGAAUUAAAUUACAUAGAGACUAAGAGAACAAUUCAAAGGAUUGAUAAAUCCAGGAGCUGGUUCUUUGAAAAGAUAAACCAAAUCAACAAGUCUCUAACCAGACUCAAGAAAAAAAGAGAGAGGAACCAAAUAAAAUCAGAAAUGAAAGAGGAGAGGUUAUAACUAAUACCACAAAAAUACAAAGGAAUGUAAGAAAUUACUGUGAACAACUAUAUGCCAAUAAAUUUGAAAAUCUGAGGAAAAUGAACAAAUUUCUAGAAACCUAUAAUCCUUCAAAACUGAGUCAAGAAGAAGCAGGAAGCCUGAAUAGACUGAUAACAACUAGUGAAAAUUGAAGGGGUAAUAAAAAAACUCCUGAUACGCAAAAGCCUUGGAAAGGACAGUUUCACAGAAGAAUUUUACAAAGUACUUAAGGAAGAGCUAACUCCUAUCCUUCUCAAACUAUUCCAAGAAAUCUAAAAAGAGGGGAAAUUCCCAAACUCUUCAUGUGAAACCAGCAUCACCCUAGUCCAGAUAAAGAUACAACAAAGAAAGAAAACUACAGGCCAAUAUUGCUGAUAAACACAGAUGCUAAAAUCCUCAACAAAAUAUUGGCAAACCAUAUCCAGUAAUACAUUAGAAAGAUCAUACACCAUGAUCAAGUGGGAUUCAUCCCAGGGAUGCAAGGAUGGUUCAAUAUUCUCAAAUCAGUAAAUGGAAUACAUCAUAUAAACAAAAUGAAAGACAACACAUGAUCUUAUCAAUAGAUGCCAAAAAAGCAUUUGAGAAAGUACAGAACCCUUUUAUGAUAAAAACACUUAGCAAAGUGGGAGUAGGGGGAGCAUAUGAGAAACCUACAGCUAACAUCAUACACAACAGGCAAAAACUAAAGGCUAUUCCCCUAGGAUCAGGAACAAGACAAGGGUGUCUGCUGUCAUCACAUUUAUUCAGCAUGAUAUUGGAAGUUCUAGCCACAAUGAUCAGACAAGAAAAAGAAAUAAAAGGUAUCUAAACUGGAAAGAAGGAAGUGAAACUGUCAUUGAUUGCAGAUGACAUGAUAGUGUACAUAGAAAACCCUAUAGAAUCCACUAAAAAAUUGCUCAACCCAGCAAGUAAAUUUGGCGAAACAGUGGAAUACAAAGUCAAUAUUCAGAAAUUAAAGGUAUUUUUGUACACCAACAAUGAAAUAUCAGAAACAGAAAUUAGGAAAAGAUCCUAUUUAUUGUAGCAACAAGUAAAGUGAAAUACCUAGUAAUAAACUUAACCAAGGAGGUAAAAGAUCUGUACUCAGAAAACUACAGGACACUGAAGAAAAAAAGGAAGACAAAUGGGCAAAGAAACUGAACACUUCUCCAAGGAGGACAUACAGAGGGUCCAUAAGACAUGAAAGAAUGCUCAAUAUCACUAGCCAUCAGAGAGAUGCAAAUUAAAACCACAAUGAGAUACCACUUCACACUGCUCAGAAUGACCAUAAACAAGUCAACAAGUGUUGGAGAGGAUGUAGAGAAAAGGGAACCCUAGUACACUAUUGGUAGGAAUGAAAACUGGUGCAGCCACUGUGGGAAACAGUAUGGAAUUUCCUCAGAAAACUAAACUAAAAAUCUGACUGCCUUUUGACUCUGAUUCCCCUGCUGGGUUAUAUUCUGAGAAUCCUGAAACACCAACUCAAAAGAACGUAUGUGCCCCAAUGUUCUUAGCAGCAUUAUUUACAUUAGUUAAGUGCUGGAAACAGCCUGAGUGCCCAUCAGUAAAUGAGUGGAUCAAGAAGCUGUGGUACAUUCACAAAAUGGGAUACUAUGCAGCAGAAAGAAAGAAGGAACUCCUCUCUGAGACAGCAUAGAUGGAUCUGGAGAACAUUAUGCUAAGUGAUGUAAGCCAGGCAAUGAAAGACAAAUAUCAUAUGAUCUCACCUGUAAGUGUAACCUAAUCAACAAAACAAACAAGUGAGGAAAAUAGAACCAGAGAAAUGGAAAUAAAGAACGAAGUGACAAUGACCAGAAAGGAGAAGGGAGGGGAUAAUGGGGGAAAGAAGGGAAGGGGCAAGUCAACGAACAUCUAUAAAGGACCCAUGGACAAGGACAACAGGGUGAGGAUUGACUGGGAGUUGGGGGCAGACAGGGCUGGGAAAAGCAGCGGGAAUAAAAGUGAGACAACUAUAAUUGAACAAUAAAAAAGUCUUUAUAUUUAAACCCAUUGUGCAAAAGACUUCAAUUAAAAUAUUUUUUCAUCUUUUUUUCUAAUUUACAUUAAAUAUACUUUAAUUGUUAGGCUCAUGUGUCCUUCAAAGUUGAAGGCCUAAAAUAGCAAACUGACCAUCCUAAGAGUAUAAUUGCAUUUAUUUCCCAGCUAUGAACAUCACUGUUACUAUGUAAAUUAUACUGUGGCCUUUAUCAUUAUAAACAGUUGCCAUGGUGUUUCUAAAAUGAGUUUCACAGUUAAUGUGUGGAGGCUUUUUAAAACACAAAAUACUGAGGAAUAAUGGCUAUCCUAGGACUCACAGAAGACAGGGCAUAUUUAAUUCAUCUUCUGAAUUACAGAAUAGAUUGUGGUCUAAACACCAAGCAUGUGUGGUUAUUUUAAACCUCAUAAAAGUAAUAUGAUCUAUUUGGUCUAAGGACUCUAAAGGAAGGUAGACAUUUGUUUAGUUAGUUGGUUCACCCUGGCUUUACCUCUGAAUAAUGCUUUUGAUAGGAGAAAAAAUCUUUUCUCCCCAGCCUUUUGCCUAACUGUAAAUGUCCAGCCCAGAUUGGGAAUUAUCAGUUGCUGGGUGGUUUAUAUGGAGAUAAUUUUUCACCUUUAAACCCUAAGCCAGCUAUAGAAAAUCCUUGGUAUCUUUGUCUAUUUUAUAUCAGGCAGUGAGACAUUUUUUAAGUUUAUGUUUAUUAUUAAAACAACUUUAUGAAAAAAGUCCCUGAAGCACAACUAUUUACAUUUCUUUAGAGCCUCUUCUGAUCUCUUUACAUAUAUAUGUAGUUUUAACUGUUAUUGUCAUACUUAGGAUUUUUAUCAGCAAGCACAAUUCAUCAAGAGUGUCUUGAAAUUCAUUUUUGAGAUCUUUUUAAAGAAUGAAAUUAUGCACUGCUACUCUGGUAUUCUCAAGAAGUAUAUGUAAACACAAAAUGUAUCCCUGAGGUUGCUUUUUGCUGGAAACAGCACUUUGCUUCUAAACUAAAAGCUUUUUACAUAUACUUUUUCAUAGAAAAUCUUUAUUGGUUUAACCAUUUGGGGAGCAUAAAUCAUUAAAUGGAUCAUGUCUGUACAUCGUGUAAUGACUGGAAAGUACAUAAAUGUUAAUGUAAUCUAUUUUGAACUUUGUAAAAAACACCUGUUUGGAGGCUAUCCUUGUUUCUCUGUUCAUCUCAAGUCCUGUGUGUGUGUGUGUGUGUGUGUGCACACAUGAAAGUGCACUCCCAUGUGCAUAUGUAUGUGUUAACACAUUGUAAAACAAUUACUUUAAAAAAUAAAAGAAAAUGGAAACUCAA